CCGUAGCUUCCUCUUCAGCCCUCGCUACGGUCGUUUAAGACAGUCCUUAGCAUGGAACAGAGAGUCAGGUAACUUGCUUUGGGUAGUUCACCUUCGUAAUGGCAGAUGCACAGCUGAGGCCUUUUAACCUGUUAAAACCGUACGAAGGAGGCUUAAUUUCGGCUACCAAGUGUGAGUCUAACUAUAAUUAGCAGGGUUGAAGAGGAGGUUACCGUUGUCACGUGGGGAGCUGGUAGUAGCCCCACAGCACUUUAUUCUGGAGUGGGGAAGGCUGCAGUGACGCCUCCUGGUGGCUCUCAGUGGCUCUAGUCCGCUGGGUCUGAUUCUGUGACGAAGGGAAUAGAGUGUUAAUUGAUGUAUGUAUGUAAAGAAUUCUGCUAAAAGAAUUCAGGCACAUCCAAGAGUCAGGAAGGAAUGUCUACCUGUUGACCCAACCACUGCUGAAUCACAGACCACUAGGAAACAAAGUCCAGUCUCUAGAACUCCUAAAACCAGAAAGAGGAAGAGCGGAACUGCAAUCUCAUCUGAAAUGAACAAACCAUCUACUGAUGGAGAGACCUCUGAAGCAGAGUCAAAUUGUUCUUCUGUGUCUGAGCUCCAGGAUCCCAUUUUAAGAGUAACUAGGAGACGGCAGAUCUUAGUUGCAUGCACUCCAGUGUCCAGUGUUCGGAAAAGGCUGAAAAUAACUCCAAUAAAUCAGUCUCAUAUUGAAGACAAUGACGAUGACUCUGAAGCUGAAUCACAUGUCUCAGGUAUUUCUAGAAUUGUGCCGCCCACAGUAAUAACUACAAGGACCAGAAGAAGUAAGGCUAAAUCUGUAAGAGAUCCAAGCCAAGAAUUACGUGCAGAAGCUAUUUCUGAUGCUGAGUCAUCAUACUCAGACAUUUCUUCAUUUUCUGGAGUUGCAACUAUGAGAACGAGAAGUAUGCAGAAGAAAUUACACGCACAGACUGAGGAGAAAGAUAAUGACAUUGUACCAGAAAAUGAAAAGCAAAUCAUAAAUGUGCCUGUGAAUUCAGAGGAUUCAGAUACCAGACAAACAACCUGUUUACUGGUAAGAUCUCUUCCUCAGAUAAAUAAGCCAAAUUUCUAUAAUGAAAUUCAUAAUGACUUCGAUGAUGAGUCCUUCCACAGAAAUUCAGAAAAAAAACAAACAGUGCAAAAAUGCCAACGUUUUAAUAUAAGAGAGGAGAAAAAGGCCAGUGUUGCAUCUCUCAAAGAAAUAACAAAGCAGAAUAAUAAGAAUUUAGAUCAAGAAACCAAGGGAAUAGUAGAUGAGGAAAAAGAAAUAAAUAAGAAAAAUUCUCAGUUGGAGAGCCUUUCUGAACCUCAGGACACUGGCAUUCAGCGGUUAGUUUCUCAAAGGCAUUCAACCCCCCAAAAUAAUAAGACCACAUCAGAGCCCUCAAAUCUGAACUGUGAGGCUAUAAUGAAAUCGUUAGCUCAAUCAUUUGCGGUGGUGGAAGUGGACAGAUGGAAUGAAGAGAGAAAGAGCACCAUAAAAACAAGUGACUUGACAGAAUUUGGUGAUAGUGGUAGUGAUGAAGAAGAGUGCCCAGUUACAGGUAUCAGUGAAGACAGGAAUGAAGGAAGGGAUGUAGAUUUUGAGUGUGAAACCAAACUAUUCAAGUCUGAGCUCCACACAUCCCUGGACAAAGGUGAUUCUGUUUUAUUAGUUCUCAGCAGUGAUGAAAGCCAGCAGUCUGAAAAUAGUCAGAAUGAAGAGGACACUGUGUGUUUUGUUGAAAAUAAUGGUCAAAAGGAAUCAUUAAAUGGAGAAUCAGAAAAUAUGCCAGGUGACAAUGCAUUGUUUGUAAUUGACACAACUCCUGGAUUGAGUACUGAUAAACAUUUUUACUUGGAUGAGGGAGACAAGGCAAGUGAGGUUGCCAUUGAGGAGGAAGAAGAGGCAGAAGAGGAUGAAAAAAGUGAAGAACCAUCAGACCAUGACAGAAACAAAGAUAGUGAGUUUAGUGAUGAAGACGACUUACUAAAUAACACAAAGUCUAAACUUCUGAAGUUGACAAGCAGCAGCCUAGACCCUGGUAUGAGUAUCAAGCAGUUGGGUGGUUUGUAUAUUAAUUUCAAUGCAGACAAACUACAGUCAAACAAGAGAACCCUAACACAGAUCAACGAGAAAAAGAAAAACGAGCUUUUGCAGAAAGCCAUCAUUACUCCUGAUUUUGAAAAAAACUACUGUGUCCCACCAUAUAGUGAAUCAAAGCAUCAACUUCAGAAAAAACGCAGAAAAGAACGACAGAAAACAGCAGGUGAUGGCUGGUUUGGUAUGAAAGCUCCAGAAUUGACAGAUGAACUAAAAAAUGAUCUCAAAGCACUGAAGAUGAGAGCUAGCAUGGACCCAAAAAGGUUUUACAAGAAAAAUGAUAGGGAUGGCUUCCCCAAGUAUUUCCAGAUUGGAACCAUUGUUGACAAUCCAGCUGACUUCUACCAUUCACGAAUUCCCAAAAAACAAAGGAAGAGAACUAUUGUGGAAGAAUUGCUGGCUGAUUCUGAGUUCAGAAGAUAUAACCGAAGGAAGUACUCAGAGAUCAUGGCUGAAAAAGCAGCAAAUGCAGCAGGAAAGAAGUUUCGGAAGAAGAAGAAAUUUCGCAAUUAAGAUUCACCAAGCAAGCCACAGUAUUUUAUAUCUCCCUUUAUUUACUCAAGAUGUUUUGAAAAUUAACAUCAUCACACAAAUUAAUAUAGACUGGCCCUGUUUGAAAAAAGUUGACUUCAGGGAAAAUCAGUCAUAUACCCUUUGGGAUAAAAACAGGUGUGUCUACAAAAAACCCACCCAUGCUUAGACCCUUUGAGGGAGAAAAAGGGAAACCUCAACCAUUUUAAGAUGAAUAACACUUUUGUAAAGUUUUCAACACUUGGUUAUUUGAAGAAAAUUGAAUUAAACAUUUAGAAGGUAUAAAGUUUGUUAACAUAUACAAAAAACUUUAAAAUUACAUGAUCAAAGCUAAACAAUACUAUAGAGUGAGCGCACGCACGUGUGUGUUAGUGUGUAGGGGGAGAUGGUAUACCAGAAAUGCCAGGUGUGUUUGUGUGUAGAGUGGAGACAGUAUACCCGAAAUGCCCCUUUCUAAGUUCAGGUCCAGAAAAUUGGUGAAGCUGGGAUACAGAAAUCUGCUUGUUGUGAGCAUUAAAAGUCACAGUUGAAACCAGAGUAUUCUUGGAGCAAAGGUAUGUUAGUAUAUGACAGAAGAACUAAAUGCAGCUAUAUAAAAAGGACUUAAAAAGGUAAUGAAGACUUCCUAGAAAGUUUGGGUUAAAGGUGGAUGAAGCAAGAGAACUGUUUUCUUUCUUUAGGAAAUGAAACGGGAGGAAAGAUUAAUUUUAUCCAGAGUCAGUGUUGUGUUCCAGGUGAAUUAGGCUUAUUAAAUCAGUAUAAUUUUAACCUGGUCAGAAAUAAUUUUAAAUUGGUUCAGUUUAUUUCAUCUCCAGUAGCAGUAUACAUCCUGACUGAUGUAUUUGUGGUACCUAAGGAGUGUUGGCCAUUUCUCGUAAUGAUUCUUUGUGGAUUCUUCCUUUAAUAUCAUUAUUUAUGGAACCUCUCUUUUCCCAGCAAACUGCUUGGGAUUUCAAUAAAUAUAAAAUUUCGUAUUUUGUA